AUGGACGAUUCAGAGCUCCAGGAAGGAAAGACGCCCAAGUAUAGCGCCCCCAAAGACAAAAACUGCCCCUUUUGCGGCCAGGCAUUCACGUCCUCCUCGCUUGGCCGCCAUCUAGACCUGUACAUCAAGGAAAAGAACCCGAAGCCUCAGGAUGGCAUCCACGAUGUCGACGAGAUUAGGAAGAUGCGUGGUGGCAUCACCCGUCGCCAGCCGCGAGGCUCACUUGGCGCACGCGGCGUCUCUACCCCUACCGACACGCCAAGAGGGGGGUCUCGGAAACAGAGCAUGGUGCAAGACAGAGAUAGCUAUCGCGGAGUGCCCAGAGAUGGGCAGUAUGCGGUUGACAACUCCAUGAAGGGAUACGCGCUGUCUACCCCGAGAUGGGAGCUGACCGGUGUCAUGAACGACAUUGGCGAUGCGACCCCUGACGUUUCUGGCAAGCGGCCAACCAUGCAACGCACUGCCAGCCGGCAGUUCGCGCAGAAAGCCCAGCUUGACGUGAAACACAAGCUGGCCGACGCCAUGGACACAGCCAGAGCUGCUGAGCUCGCCCUUCGCGAGCUUCUCAGCUCGUGGCGCGCGGCCAAACAGCAGAUCGAUGCCGCCUCUAUGCCGUUCGACUUUGACCCUCUAUCCCUCGACUUCCCUGCCCUGACGCUCCAAUGCCUGCAACCGCCGCCGACCCUCUUCUCCUCCACUCAGCAUCCCACAUCCACCUCCUGGUCAGUCCAAUGUCCGGGCAGGCGCGAGUACGACGCCCUCCGUGCCUACUUCCAAGAAGAAUUCAGGCAAUGGAAAAUCACAUGUGCCUCGGCCACCACCGAAAUAGUCGAUGAACUCACGUACCCUCCUCCACAAAACAAUGUUUUCCGGGAUAAGCGCGAGCAAGUACGUCGGGCCGAGAUGUCGGCCGAAAAUCUCGAGAACCAGGUCAAUGAGCACAUUCAGUCUGCCUACGGCGUGUGGGAGAGCCUGCCCGAGGGGCGGCAGAACGAGCUCUGGAUACUGGAGAUGGCGCGAAGUGUUGGCAGGAAACACAAAGACGCCGAGAAGAUGAAGGAGACGCAGCGCAAUCUGGAGACAGAGAACGCCCAUCUCAAGGCACAGAUCGAUCAGCUGAACCGCUUGCAGCAACCAAAAGAGUUCAAGAUGCUCGCCCCACAGACACUCCAGAUGGACAAGGAUGUCAUGGCCUACGCCUACGAGCAAGGGGUCAAGGGGGCGUCACUGGUGGGCUUCAAUCUCGAGGACAAGAGCCUGGAUCUCGGCACGAUUGUUACAAAGUCGAUUGAGCGAUGGAAGACUGUCGUGGCCUCAGCGCGAGGUGGCAGUGGCAUGAAUACCCAACGCCAUCUGGACGGCUCCACGCCGCCGACCGAUGCUCAGACGAACGGGUAUUCCCAAGCCCGGAGCCGGACGAACACGCCGCAGCAACACAUGAACCCUCGUCCCCCACCGCCGAACCGCCAGUCGACGGCCAGCACCGGCGUGAGCGAUCAGAACACAUCGGCCAACACCACUGGUCCGCCUUCGGUUGAAGGGGCCAGCGAUCAAGAUGUCGAUGCCGAUGCUGAGAUGGACGAUGAUGACAGCUUCGCCAUGAUUGACCACAACCAUGCUGUGCAGAAGCAGCAGGCCUUGGCCCCGCCGUUGCAUCAGCAAACAUCGCUGGACGUGCCGCGCACUCGUGGGCCAACGCAACAGCAGCAGCAGCAGGCUCAGCAGCAGGCCCAGCAGCAGCAACAAGCACAGCAGCAACAAGCACAGCAGCAACAAGCACAGCAGCAACAAGCACAGCAGCAACAAGCACAGCAGCAACAAGCGCAGCAGCAUCCACAGCACCCGCAGCAAGUCCAACAGCAGCAACAACGCGCGAACAUGGCGGACCCGCGGUUCCUGAUGCAGAACGGUGCAGGGAGCCCCGUCAACCGCCAAGGCAUAAACAUGAGCCGGUCCGUGCCGAACAUGAAUUUGACACUGCAAGGCAACGGGAUGCAUCCGCCGGACAUGGGCUUGACAAUGCAGGGGAUGCGAGGCGACGGAAUGUAUAUGGAAUAA